AUCAGUUAGUUUCAGCCAAGAGCUCGAGUGGAAUAGUUGAGGAUAUUAGCCUAGUAGACAACAUGCCCGGGGAGUUUGCCACCUUCAAUGACUUUAUGAGUUUGCCCGUGUUCUUCUACCACACGCUGGGCGUGGAUCCCUUUGAGUCGCCUAGCUUCAAUAAAGUGCCCAGUCACUGGCUGUACAUUGUCCUUCUGCUGAAUCAGUUGAACAUGAAUUUCAAUUUCCUAAUGGAGUUCAUCUAUGUCGUGUUCUAUUUCAAUAAGCCCGAGCAUAUUGUUGAGAUUUGCAUGACGAUUUGCUAUCUGGGCUUCGUCCUGGUCAGCCAGCUGAAGACGGCCAGCGUGUGGCGUCAGAAGGACAAGCUGAACGAUUUGGUGGCCGAGCUGGAGUCAAUCUUUCCAGCUGCAGUCCGCCAGGAGCAGGACGACUAUCGAGUGCUGUACUACAAGGAACGUUGCCGCUUCAUCUUUCGCUCCUUCAGCGGACUCUUUCUGGUGCUCGUCGUCACCUAUAGCUUCUAUACCUAUGUGCGUUACGCCAUACAUCACUGGCUGCUCCACGUGCCGGACUUGGAGAAGGGCAUGCCCUUCUUUCCGACAUCGCCCUGGAACUAUCACGACAAUUGGAGCUACUACCUCAUGUAUCUGCUCCAAGUGGGAGGCGCCUACACUGCGACCACGGGCCACAUUUCGGCGGAUCUCUCAAUAACCGCCGUCAAUACGCAGCUAGUCAUGCAUUUCGAUUAUCUCUCCAAGUCCCUGGCUGAGUUUAAGAUCAAAGCAGGCAGCGAGCCCGAUGGCUAUGCCCAGGACUUGGCAGCGCUGCGGGAACUGAUUCUCUAUCACAACAAACUGUUGAGACUCUCGGAUGUAAUGAACUCAGUGUUCGGAGUGCCUUUGCUCUUGAACUUUCUCACCUCCUCGGUAAUGGUCUGCUUCGUGGGCUUUCAGAUGACCCUGGGCCUGAGUGCCGAUCAUACGGUCAAGCUGGCGCUCUUCAUGAUCUCGGCCAUAUCGGAAAUCUAUUUGAUUUGCUUUUUCAGUGAUUGGCUAAUUGCAUCGAGUCAGGGAGUCACUGCCGCUGUUUACGAGAUGAAUUGGGUGCCUGGCGAUACGCGCUUUACUAAAAUGCUAGUUUUCAUCGCCAAACGUGCCCAGAAUAUCGUUUGCCUGAAGGCUACAGUAUUUUUGGAUAUAUCAAUGGAGACUAUG